UUUUACUUUUCGGCUUGGUGUGCUUAAGUGUAAACUAAAAAUAUUUUCAAGAACCUAUAGAUACUGUUUAUUAUUCUAAGAUAUGACGAGUCUGAUUAUAAUUAUGAAAUUAUAAUUAAAGGCUUAUAUAGCUAAUUGAAUUAUCAUUCAACAUUAUUUUCGUUUAAAAUCUCAAGAAAAAUCUCAACUUUAGAUUUUUAAACCAUUUUUCAGCGAAAUGACUAACGUGGGAUAUGAUUUAGAUACGUCUGGUGGACUAAUGCCGCUCAUUCGGGCUCUUAUAAAGCCACCAGACGAAGAAGUGAAUGUUCAGAAGCCUAAAAAAUCACACCCAUAUUAUAAGCGUCCUGGAAAAGGUCACAACCAUGAUUCUUGUGAUGCUUGUGGAGAGGGUGGAGACCUUAUAUGCUGUGACCGCUGUCCAGCUAGUUUUCAUCUUGGUUGCUAUGACCCACCAUUGGAUGAGACUGACAUUCCAUCAGGAUCAUGGCUGUGUAAGCAGUGCACAGCAAAUGAUGAAAAGCCUGGUAGCACCCGAUCAAGCAGGCCACAAUCCCCUGUUGAUGUUAAGAAUGAAUCCGAGAAAAAAACUAGAAGUCUACGUAAUAACCGCACAAACUCAAAAAAGAGUAAAGAUGAGAGAGAAGAGGUUGAAGAAGAAAAGAAAGAAUCAGAAAAAGAGCUCACUCCUAUGGAGAUAUUAGUCAAAGCUGCUCGUGUGAUGAAUCCACGUCAGUUUGAUUUGCCUUCAGAAAUGAAGCAGCCAUUUCCAUUUCCUGGAACUGAUAAGGAGGGUAGCAAGAAUGGCAAUGCAUCACUAAUGACAGUUGAUUCCUCUGGUUGUGUCCCUCUUCCCGCUAAGACUUGUUAUGUUUGCCAGUGGACUUGCAAGCUUGCGCCAUUGCUACAGUGUGAUUAUUGCCCUGCAUUAUUUCAUUUGGAUUGCCUGGACCCACCUUUGACUGCAUUGCCAACUGGCAGAUGGAUGUGCCCUAAUCACGUGGAAAACUUUAUUGAUUGGAAGCUGGUAUCGUCAAUAUCGGCAGUGGAACGAGCGGCUCUUUGGGACAGAUUCGGAGCCCCCGUCGACCAGCACGCCGUGAAGGUGGACUUCAUACGGCGCGCGAGACUCCAGAGACAUCGGGUGCCCAUGGGCGUCCGCGGUCGCGUGGUCGUCCCGCGUUGUGUGCGCGCUCACUACAGACGGCCCCCGCCCUUGUUGCCAUCGCGGAGGGAGCAUGUGCGAUGUCGAAAAGUGCUUAAAAAUCGGAUGCCCUCCGAAUCGGAAUCGGAAGAAGAUGAACCGAAUACAAAACAUAAGAUUUGUCUCAACAAAGAUUGCUCUCCCGAGGAAUGUGAAAAGCCGAAACUGAGUGGAGUCACCGAUAAAGAUGCUGUUGACGAUCUGAAGGCUAUUGAGGGUGAUGAGGCGCCAAAAUCGGAAGACAAAUCGUCCGAUUCCGAUAUCGAUCCGGAAUAUUUGUUGCGUGUGAAACGUCGCAAGCCCCGGGAUUCGAGUCCCAGCAAAAGACGGGAAAAACUUAAACUGCGAGCGGGAACAGAUGUCGAGGAGCUGUUGGCGGCCGUUGAGAAGCAUUUGGAUAAGUUGGACGAGCGGUUGGUUAGAGUUUUGGCUUGGCAACGACUGCAAGAGGUGGCUCUAGGCGAACGAGCCGCCGGUAGAUGGCGCUCUUCAACGGAUGAACUCAGCACGAAGGCCGCGGCGGCCAUUAAACACGUGGAAAGGUCACAACUGGCUAAACACGGGUUGAGGUGUACCACAUUACCCUCGGAAUUGCUGGCCUCGGCUGACAGAGAGAGGAUCGCUUCGAUAGUUUGGGGAUCGCCGCCCGCCCUCACCUCCGCCCAGACCAAGAAUAACGCCUUGGAAUCCGCCCUCAAAAGGAUGUUGGCCUGCGUCACCAGGCUGUUCCACACUGACAAAGUGGGUGACGUGACCCUGGGCGCCUCCAUCCCGAUGCGGCUGUCAUCCCUUUCUAUCGGGAGUGACGGCUCCUGCGGGCUUCAGCUGGACACCAAUUGUAGACACGUGUCUGGGAGACAUGCUGUCAUAUUUCGUGAUGAGGUGUCAGGCCACUUUGAGCUGAUCAACUAUUCGGAAUGGGGUUCCGUAGUGAACGGAGUGAUGUACUCGUGUGCCACGCCCCUCUACUCUAGUGCAGAGGAUACUCGUCCAGAGCAAUUGAAACACCUCGCUGACAAUAAACGGACCGAGAAAAGAUUAAAAGGCGCUCUAACUGAACCGACCCUCACAGAGAAAACGUGCGAUUGCCCCAUCCGGCCCCCGGACGGCCGUGGGGCGUGGGAGGGAUCAGCGUUGGUCCCCCACGGGGCCCUACUUCAGUUCGGGUGCCAGCAAUACGUGUUCAGCAUCGCGGAGCCGAGACCUUUUCCUUACGAACAGCCGAUAGAGGAACCGGCUUUGUAAUAAACGUUAUGAAUUCAAAUUUUAAGCUCCUUUUUAGUUCUCGGCCUCAGAUUUCUGUAUCUUUUAUGAAUUUUCAAGCCAAUUGGCAAAGUGAUCAGUUUCCCGUGCCUGACACAUGCCCACUUUUUGAGUAAAAAAUAAAUAAUUUGAUGGAUUUUGUUAGUGCAGUCAUAUCAAUCAAUCCGAGAACAGAUUUUUAUUCACUUAUAAAUGUUACUUAGUUAACAUAUUGUUUAAAAUCGAUAAUGGUGUACGAUUGGAUAGUGCAUUUUUAAUGUAAAGAUUACUUAGGAAAUGUAUUAAUUAAGUAAUUGUGACUUAUUUUAAUCUACCCUCCUCAUGUUUUACUUCAUCGUUCGAGUUAGUGCACAGCCAGGGAUCGAACUUACAACUUAUGUUGGCUGGUUGAAAUUUUUAUGUGAAAUACAUUAUAUAUGAUUAUGCUGAUUAUAUAUAUAUAGCGAUUUCGCGUUUAUGUGUUAAAUAAGUGUAUACACACAUGUGUAGCUUAAUUUAUAAUUAAUAAAUAAAAAGUAAUUAUUAAGUACUCUAUGAAUAAGAGAAUUUAUUUUUAACUUCGAUUUAAGCAGCUGUUGAAAAUUGUUGUCAGUUUGCGGGUAGUUAUGGCGAAGUAAAACGUAUUUGUACCUCAAAAUGCAAAUGUUUGGGUUUAAACUCUUAAGGCAUGUUCCACACGAUGUUUUCUUUGGUUUUUAGUUUGUGAUUUAUUUUGUAUAAGCAUCAUAGCGCCCAUAUUUGAAUGAUUUGUAUUUAGGUUAAUAUUUUCAAUAAAAGUAUGUAU